ACUGCUUCGCACUCGUUCCACCACCUUUCAGAAGUUUCCAUCACCUUCCAGACUCCCCGCCCUCCCUCCUCCUCGCCAUCGCAUCCCCACCAAAGCAUUCCACAAAAUUCAACAAGCAAUCCAACCCGAGGAGAUCGAUCGAACGAGAAUGGCGGGCAUAGUGUUCGGCUUGGAGAACCCGAUGAUGACCGCCCUGCAGCACCUGCUGGACAUCCCGGACGGCGAGGCCGGCAACACCGCCGGCGGCGAGAAGCAGGGCCCGACGCGCGCCUACGUCCGGGACGCGCGCGCCAUGGCGGCCACCCCCGCCGACGUGAAGGAGCUGCCGGGCGCGUACGCGUUCGUGGUGGACAUGCCGGGGCUCGGGUCCGGCGACAUCCAGGUGCAAGUGGAGGACGAGCGGGUGCUGGUCAUUAGCGGCGAGCGGCGGAGGGAGGAGAAGGAGGACGCCAAGUACCUGCGGAUGGAGCGCCGCAUGGGCGAGCUGAUGCGCAAGUUCGUGCUGCCAGAGAAUGCUGACAUGGAGAAGAUCUCCGCCGUGUGCCACGACGGCGUGCUCACCGUCUCCGUCGAGAAGGUGCCGCCGCCCGAGCCCAAGAAGCCCAAGACCAUCCAGGUCCAGGUCGCCUGAGAUGCAUCGUGUGCGCGUCGAAUCGAAUCAGAGACGAGAGUGAGUGGGUAGUGAGUUCUCUGUAUGAGUGAUGGGAGUAUGGUUAUCUGAGAGAGGGUGUGGACUGUCUGUUCGUGCGUACUGAUGGUUGUUUGAUGCUUCGUUAAUGGAAGUGCAGAUGUUCUCCUGCUUUGCCUGAAUAAAACAUGCGAAUCUUGAAGUUU